AUGUAAUCGAUUAUCUUGCAACUCUAGUAAAUAUUUUUGUGGCUAUUUUAUUUCGUAAGAUUUAAGUAAUUUACUGGUUAAUAAUUUAAAAUUUAACUAAAUAAAUAAUGUUACGAAAGCUAAACUCUCCCCAAGCUCUUUUUGUGAGAGCGGCUUCGACACGCACCGAAAAGCUGGAAGAAAUUCGGGAACGUCUUUCUAAAGGACCCAAUUUUCAAGAUUUUGUUCAAAAUUCCGACAAUUUGAAGGAGGACUGGGAGAAUUAUGAUGGCAAAUUGCGUCGCGAGAAAGGCGAGAAUCAAUAUUUGCGCCUGCCGCCUUGGUUAAAGACAACAAUUCCAGUUGGCAAGAAUUUUGCAAAAAUCAAAUCGCAGCUUCGAGAUCUCAAGCUGUCCACUGUGUGCGAGGAGGCACGAUGCCCCAACAUCGGAGAGUGCUGGGGUGGUGGCGAGCACGGCACACAAACAGCAACAAUUAUGCUCAUGGGAGAUACUUGCACUCGUGGUUGCCGAUUUUGUUCAGUAAAAACCGCUCGUGCGCCGCCACCAUUAGAUGUGAACGAACCUGUAAACACCGCCAAAGCAAUUUCAUCUUGGGGCUUGGACUAUAUAGUGUUGACAUCUGUUGAUCGUGAUGAUUUACCGGACGGUGGCUCAAAGCACAUUGCAGAGACGGUGCGUGAAAUCAAAGCACGUAAUUCGAAUAUAUUUGUUGAAUGCUUGGUACCAGACUUUCGCGGAGAUUUGGACUGUGUUCGGACAAUUGCCAGCUGUGGACUCGAUGUCUAUGCACACAAUAUUGAAACAGUUGAGAAACUGACACCAUACGUACGAGAUCGUCGGGCACACUAUAGGCAAACUCUUAAAGUUUUGCGCGAGGCUAAGCAGAUAAAUCCGAAUCUCAUUACAAAGAGUUCAAUAAUGCUGGGCCUAGGAGAAACCGAUGAGGAAGUUGAGCAGACUCUGUUGGAUCUCCGAGAAGUCGGAGUUGAAUGUUUAACCUUAGGCCAGUACAUGCAGCCUACAAAAAAACAUCUCAAGGUUAUCGAGUAUGUUACUCCUGAGAAAUUUAAGCACUGGGAACAGCGAGGCAAUGAGCUAGGUUUUCUAUAUACUGCCAGUGGUCCACUUGUACGCAGCUCUUAUAAAGCCGGAGAAUUCUUUAUCACAAGUAUAUUGGCCAAUCGCAGGAAAACAGUGUAAAUGAAAAUAAUAUAUAAUAAUAGUAUACUAGAAAAAUUGUUAUAAUUUGUUGAAUAUGUUUUUGUUAGAAUCUUUAACUUUGUCAAUAAAUUAUAUUCGUAG